GCAGCGACGCUUCGUGCCGCCCUGAGUGACUCUCUGCCCGGCUCGUCCUCGCUGCGUUCACCCGGAGAAGAAGCAGCUUGUGGCAGUUUAUCCGCCCGCAGCUUCACCGAGGAGGUAAAGUCGCUGCUUCGCUGCUGGAAGUGGGUCACACGGCUCCUCGUUGUCUGGUUUCGGGCCCCGGGAUGGUUUUACUGAAGAACCUCCGUCCUCCCACCGAGGGAGUGCGGCACGAGCAAGCCGAGACCACGGCGGUGCUGGACGGGCAGAAGCUGGGCUGCGGCACGCUGUACGUGGCCGAGACACGCCUGUCGUGGUUUGAUGGCUCAGGGUUGGGUUUCUGUCUCGAGUAUCCCACCAUCGGCCUGCACGCCAUCUCCAGAGACGUCAGCACUUACCCGCAGGAACACCUGUACGUCAUGGUCAACGGGAAGCUCGGGGAUGAGAAUGAGGCAGAAAUGGCAGAGAAAGCAGCUGAAGAUGAAGAAGAAGAAGAUGACGACAGUAACAGCAGUGGUGGUGACGAUGACGAAGAAGGAACCAUCACAGAGAUCCGAUUUGUGCCCGGCGACAAGGCCGCAUUGGAGCCCAUGUUCUCAGCGAUGUGCGAGUGCCAGGCACUGCACCCCGACCCAGAGGAUGAUGACUCUGACAACGACUUCGAAGGAGAAGAGUACGACGUGGAGGAAGCUGAAGCAGAGCACGGCCAUGCUGACAUCCCGACUUUCUACACCUGUGAUGAGGGUCUGUCGGCGCUCACACAGGAGGGUCACGCCACCCUGGAGAGGCUGGAGGGGAUGUUGGCCCACUCAGUCGCUCAGCAGUAUCACAUGGCCGGAGUCCGAACCGCAGAAACCAACGCUGAGUUUGAAGAUGGUAUGGAGGUGGACGCAGCAGCGAUGGAGGCCGGUCAGUUUGAGGACGCGGAUGUCGAGCACUGAUGGAAGUCGUCUCAGCAGCCGAUCAAAGCUCCACUGUUGCGUCAUGCGAUUGGAGAAGAGGACAGCAGCACUUCUUUAAGGCUCUUACUCGUAUUUCUUCUGUUCUCGCUGUUUCUUUGUGUACUUAAAGUCAUCUCUGUAGUUUUUUUUGUAGCUUCUUACGUUCACUCGUUGAGUGUUGAGCUCUUGUGUUUCUGCUCAUCCUCCUGUCGCCUCAUCUCUACUAAUUUUGAACAAAGUGCUGUGAUGUCAACUCAGCUACUGUGGAUUAUUGAGACGCAGCCCCAGAUUCUAUUGUUGACUGUAAAAAAACAAAACACUGAGUUUAUGUUUGUUUUGUACCUAACGACCAAAUUAAUAUCUGUUUUUUUCCUGCCGAGGAGCGUUAAUGUCUUUGUAUGAAAUUGUCAAUAAAUGCAUAGUUUUUUGUA